AUGAGACUAUGGCGGAAGCUCACGUCCUGCAAGACACGAAGCCGUUUCGUGCUGCUAGCCUUCUGGUAUACGAUGAUUGCCCUCUCGGUGUCCUUACUCUACUCACUCCGAGGCACGCAUCACUCCCAAGAUGACUCGGGUACCACAUCCAGGCGAUCCCGUUUCUACAACUCACUCUUCCCGUUCAGCCGAAACGACGUAGCAGACUACGCUACGUUGACACAGCACGAUGUAGCAGACGACAUAGUGGCCCCUCCACACGUGGGUGCAACGGGAGAGAUAGGGCCGGAGAAAAACGUGGCAAUAGACGAUAACAAACAAAUCCAGCAGCUGAUCCUAAGAAAUUCAGGUGGAAUAGCGGGACAAUCAGGGAAUUUGAUUGGUGACAUGCUAAAUGAUGAGGAACAGAGAACGUUUGAAGUUGUCGAGGAAGAGGUAGCGGAGGAAGAGGAGAUUGAAGUUGUUAAUGAAUUUCGUGAUUUAAAUGGAAAGAGACCCAGUGGAGACGAUCCAAGGGCACCUGUGACGUCAACAAUAGAUGUGACUUCAAUACAUUUUGUGAAUGCUACUGUGAAGCCUACCCCACCCCCUGAAGUACAGGGAUAUUAUAACGUACAAACCAAAGAUAAACUGCGCAUGCGUUGUUCACAGUGCGCCCUCGUCUCCAGCUCUGGUCAUCUCGUCAACACGUCUGCCGGAGCCGAGAUCGACAGCUACCCGUGCGUACUUCGGAUGAACUCGGCGCCUGUUCGGGGAUACGAAGUCGAUGUCGGAAGACGAACGACCAUCCGAAUCAUGGGUCAUGUAAACCUGAAGGUGCUGAAUGCAAGUAACGAGCUUCAGGAUGAGAUUCUCAUCAAUUCAACUACGAGAGCCGAAAAGAUCAUCGUACCAUGGUUGUACAACGUCAAGGUGAACCAAGCUACAGAUAUGUAUUACAAGAGCGCUCGUAACCUAUCCAGUCUCUAUCCACACGUUGAGUUCUACCUUCUUACUCCAGAUAAGAUGAAGAUUGCUGAGAGUCUGUUCCAAACAGAGACAGGUCUUACCAGGCAAGAAGCUCGCACGUGGCUUUCAACGGGAUGGAUGAGUAUGCUCUAUGCUGUAGAUGUAUGCGACAAAGUGGAUAUCUUUGGCUUGGUUCCAGAAAACUACUGCUUGAAGAAUCCGAAUUCCUCCGUCUUGUACCACUACUACGAGUCAGAUGGCCUAAAAGAGUGUGAUUAUUACACGAUCAGUGAGGAGCGACUCACAUCGGGUCACAAGUUCAUCACCGAGAAAGCUGUCUUUGCACGCUGGGCGACCAAGUUCAACAUAAUUCCACCUACCAGCCUGGAACCUCACGGACGUUGCCCAUACUAA